CAGCGACGACGAGACCACACCAGCAUGGCCUUCAAGACCGCAUGGACGCUACCAACGCCAACGUCAUCUUCGCACGCAUGGAUCUUCCUCGAGUCGUCUCCCGGCAGUCGCAGUGAGAGCCGCGUGUCGUCGCACGCCAGCGACUUUGGGAGUGGGCUUCGCGCAGGCCCCGCGCCCGAGCUCCAGAGCCCGUCGACGCGGGGGCUGCUGUUGCAGUACGCUUGCAUUGGCCUCGUCACGGGUGCACUGCCACUGCUCCCGACCGCCAUCUUUCAAGACGACUACGACGCGCACCUUGCCUCCGUGUACUUGGCGGUGUGCACGCUACCAUUGCUCGCGACGCCUCUUCUGGGGCUUCUCGCCGACUGCCUCCCCCUCGGCCGCCGUCGACGGCGCGUGUGCAUCGUGCUGGGGUGGGCCCUCUGUGCUGUGUCCUGCCUCGCGAUGGCCAUCACGCCACUUCGCACUCGGAAUGCCACGUCACUCCAUGUGUUUUGCUUGCUCAUGACGGCGUGUGCAAGCUUCGGGUGCGCGGCCGCCGCCGCCGCCUCGGAAGCGCUGCUUGUGACAUAUGCGCAAACCGAGCGCAUUUGGGAGCGCGGCCAGCUGCAGACGCGCGCGCUUGUGCUUCGCACGACGGGCACGUUGGUGCCGCAAGUGCUUCUCGGGGCCAUGGCGCUCGAACGCGUCAGCGUCAUCUACGCCCUUUUGGCCGUCGCGAGCGUCGGUGCGGCGAGCGCGACGAUCCUCUUUGUCACGGAAUCCGUGCCCGACAUGUCGACGCGGCACUAUCUGCACCUGCUCUGGGCGACCUUGCAGCAGCGCGUCGUGUGGCAGCUCUGCGCCUUCCAAGUGCUCUUUAGUGUCGGCUUUUAUGUGUCGAGUUUUCUCGGUUCGGCCCCGUGGCUCGCGCUCGAGGCGCGCCCCGUGGUAUGGUUCAACCUGGGUGGCACGAGCAUCGCUAUUCUCGCACUUGUCGCGAUGGGUCUCGGUGGUCUCGGUCUCGACUGGCGUCAACUGAUUGUCGUCAACACCGCCUUGUACACUGUCGGCAGCGCCACGGUGCACCUCUGUUCUUUGUACGGCGCCUUGCCGGACGAGUAUACGUACUUGGUCGUGACCAUGGUGCUGCAAGCCCCGCUGGUUGUUGUGCUCUUGCCAGCCAACUAUUGCAUUGUCGAAGUCGCCAGCGUCGGAGCUGAAGGAGCCGUUGCAGGUCUCGUCUCGGCGUGCGCCUUGGUCGCCCGCCCGGUUGCAGCGCUUGUGUACCGAGCACUGCAGGCUGCGUGGCCAGCCGCCACGAGCAAAACCAACGGCUCGAAACUGGAGGCCACACGUCUCGUAUUCGUGGUGUACUUUCUCCAAGCCAUGUCGCUGCUGUGGCUCCAUCUCCUUCCGCGUCAAAAAGCCCACGUCGUCCAGCUCAAACUGCAUGGCGGUUCGAGCGCCACCGGAGGCGGACUACUACUGCUUGGUGUCGGCCUCAUGGUGGCAUUUUCGGCAACGAUGAGUAUCCUCCCGACGCUAUCGACCACAAGUUGUCUCUGGAUCGCAGGCGGCAGCGGCUGCAACUAAGCAGACAUCACCAUGUCUUAUUUAAUCGAUGUGUAAUGAAUACUAGUACGUCUGUCAGGUAACACAGGUC